GUAUAUAAUGUUGGGAGACUGUAUCCAGGUUGAAGGAGGAAUGUUGGGAAUGAAUUUUCUGUCAAAAGAAGAUAAAAAGUUCUGGGAAUAGUAUAAUGAACUUUCUAGAAUAAUCUUUUAAAAUAAGGAUGAAGUUAUCCACCUUACUGCCUAGAUUUUCCUGCCUAGAUUUUGCUUGUCUAGAUUUCUCUCAUUCUUCAGAUCUCAGUUUACUGCUGCCUCUAAGUAACCCUCUUGAAGCCCCCUCCUCCCACACCUACUUUCUCCCAAAUCUGGCUGAGCUGCCUUUUCUAGGAAUUUCUCCUUUUCUUUGCACUUUGCACACUUUCUUAUUACCAUUUGUUUGUUUGUCUUUCCAUAGACCGAAAGCUCCCUGAGGGCAAGAUCCCCUCUUGCUCACCACUGUAGCCCAGCACCUAGCAUAAUACCUGGCCUAUCAGAAAAAUAGUAACUACAAACCAUGGAUGAAAUUUAUAAGAUUGCUUCCACAGAAAGGAUCCAGCUGUUGGAAAAAGAACUGGCUGUGCAGUUGGCAGAACUGAAGUUUGAGAUAGAAGAACAGGGGACUCUUCAGGGGUCAGUUCCUGGAGCUUUCAGCUCUGUUCGAAUGCCAAAGGACAUUUCUUUCUUUAGAAGAGAAAGGGAACUGGCUCUAAAGAAAACUUUACAGGUGGCUGAGUCAAAGCCCCUUGUUAUUCAAGCAGAUGUCAUGCAGAGGGAGCUAGAGAGCUGCCUAAGGAGAGAGUACACUCCUGAAAAUUUACCUUUGCUUCUGUUGCAGGUAGGUCCUUUUGCAAUUUGAAAAACAGUUCUGGAAUUUAGUAGAAAUGUAUAAACAAAGCUAGCUUUCAGGUGUAUCCUCUGGCCAGGGUAGGAUUUUCUCUACAUGUAUGGUUUGCAGAACCUGGUUAAUAUAAAUGUUCUUUUUUGUUAGAGACCCAUUUAAGUUUGGCUCUGAUAGUCACUCAAUGGACUGACUAAAUUUCUAUUAGUUAACUCCCUGUGCUGGUUUUAUGAGGCAAUAUAACAUUGUCUCAGACCUCAAAAAGCUGUUGGCUGACCUAGGAAAGAUAAUUUCCAAAAAUCUCUCUUAAAAAGAUAACUCACAACAAAGGGGAAAAGAUUUUCCAUAAAGAUUAUUAUUGCAGAAUUAUAAUAAAAGUGAAAAAAUUGGAGUCGCCUAAAUGUCUAAUAGGAAAGUUAAGAA